AUGGCGGUUGAUUCACAACGACAUGUGCCGUUGACUACAGACGACGUAUCUGAUCGACUCUUCGGUAGCUUCCCUGAUGAUGUUUGUGAAGAUAUUUUGCAUCGUUAUGGUAAUGCACCAUCACUAGAGCAACUGGUCGAAUAUGGUAGGCGUCAUAAUGCUGUAUUGGUCCGACGUGCUGCUAGAGCCGGACGAUUAUCUCGUCAAGCUGCUGUUGAUGUUAUGGCUGGCGACCCAGUGGUUACGAUGCCUGUUGAUUCGGCUAUGAAUACUAGUGAGGCUGCUGCUCAAACUAAUUGUCGGUUGUUCAUGAGCAACCUGAGUUACGAUGUUAGUGAGAAGCAGGUUUUGGAUGCACUUAGGAGUAUUCUGAAGCUUUCUGGGGUAUCUCCUGUGUCUGUUCACCUAUUUCGUGACCGUAAUCGUCCUGGUCGUAAUCGCGGUAUUGGUAUUUUGGAGUUUCGUGACCCUUCUAGUGCUACUAAUGCUCUAUCCUCUAUAAAUGGAAAGGCUGUUUUAGGAUGCAUCGGUAUCAUCAACUUCCUCUGGAGUACCUACUUCCUCUACUAUGCCUACGAUGCCAGUGGAUACCAGCUUGCUACAAGACGUGGUAUCUCCAAAUGCUGA